UUCGCUUUCGUUUGACAGCAACUUAAGUUUCCCGGGAGUCCACAACACGGUGAACGUUUUAGCGCCUUAAAUCGGUGUAUUUGGAGCUUUAUUUCGGCCGAUAUCUCUGGAUUCUUCUCCAGUGAUGGACUAAGAAGUCAUCAUGGUGGUGAAUUCAUUGCACUGGUUUCGCAAAGGGCUGCGGCUGCACGAUAAUCCGGUGCUGCAGGAGGCCCUGACCGGAGCGGACACGGUGCGCUGUGUUUAUAUCCUAGACCCGUGGUUUGCUGGCGCGGCUAACGUGGGAAUCAACCGAUGGAGGUUUCUGUUGGAGGCUCUGGAGGACUUGGACAACAGUCUGAAGAAACUGAAUUCCAGAUUGUUUGUCGUCAGAGGACAGCCUACUGAAGUUCUCCCAAGGCUCUUUAAGGAAUGGAAGGUGACCAAGUUGACAUUUGAAUAUGACCCCGAGCCUUAUGGGAAGGAGAGGGAUGGAGCCAUCAUCAAGAUGGCCCAAGAAUUUGGAGUGACAACCGUCGUCAGGAACUCACACACCCUCUACAACCUGGACAGGAUAAUAGAGGUGAACAACAACAGUCCUCCUCUGACCUUUAAGCGCUUUCAGACCAUUGUAAGCAGGCUAGAAUUGCCCAGGAGACCUCUGCCUCCCAUCACCAAGCAGCAGAUGGACAAAUGUCACACUAAAAUAGCUGAUAACCAUGACCAGCUAUACAGCAUACCUUCCCUGGAAGAACUAGGUUUCAGGCCAGAAGGUUUACCUCCACCUGUGUGGAAGGGAGGAGAGUCAGAGGCCUUAAAUAGACUCAACAAACAUCUGGACAAAAAGGUGUGGGUGGCCAACUUCGAGCACCCUCGUGUCAACACCUGCUCUCUGUAUGCCAGUCGUACCGGCCUCAGCCCCUACUUGCGCUUUGGCUGUCUGUCCUGUAGAGUUUUAUACUACAACCUCAGAGAGCUCUACAUGAAGCUCCGUAAGCGUUGCAGUCCUCCUCUGUCCUUGUUCGGCCAGCUGCUAUGGAGGGAGUUCUUCUACACAGCUGCCACCAACAACCCAAACUUCGACCGUAUGGAUGGAAACCCUAUCUGUGUCCAGAUCCCAUGGGACCAGAACCCAGAAGCAUUGGCCAAGUGGGCUGAGGGUAGGACUGGUUUUCCCUGGAUUGACGCCAUCAUGACGCAGCUGAGACAGGAGGGCUGGAUCCACCACCUGGCCCGACAUGCCGUGGCCUGUUUCCUCACAAGGGGAGACCUGUGGAUCAGCUGGGAGAGUGGCAUGAAGGUGUUUGAGGAGCUGCUGCUGGAUGCAGACUGGAGUGUAAAUGCUGGGAGCUGGAUGUGGCUGUCCUGCAGUGCCUUCUUCCAGCAGUUCUUCCACUGCUACUGCCCUGUUGGCUUUGGGAGGAGAACUGACCCAUCAGGAGACUACAUCAGGCGUUACAUCCCCAUCCUGAAGGACUACCCGAACCGAUACAUCUAUGAGCCGUGGAACGCCCCAGAGUCGGUCCAGAAGGCAGCUAACUGUGUGGUUGGAGUGGAUUACCCCAAACCUAUGAUCAACCACGCAGAGGCUAGCAGGCUCAACAUUGAGAGGAUGAAACAAGUCUACCAGCAACUCUCCCAUUACAGAGGACUCAGUCUACUAGCAUCAGUACCAACAAUCCAAGAAGAGGCGGAGCCCCCAAUGACCGAUGAGUCCCAGACCAGCAGUGGCCCUGACUCCCCUCCCAGACCCAAAGAUCCUGCUGACAGUGAAGCAGCUGGCUGCUCUUCAGCUCCCGAUUCGUCCACUGUCUGUGCAUCCUCCACCUACCCCCUCUAUCCAGACAUGGAGGAGGCACCAUCACAGACACCCUGCACCUCCUCAAGCGCACAUACACAGCCCUCUGCUGCCAUGACAUCUAUAUCUGCCAGCCAGUCUCUGUCCUUUGAAGCUCCUCCCAUGCCAGCCUCAGCACCAACCCAGAGCAGUCUGUCAAGGUCCAUGUCGCCAUCGCCCAGUCCAGCCGUGACCACGACUCUGCCCUCCUCUAUGGGGCAGAGGAGGAAAGGCCUCGCCCGCAAGAUGCGGCGCAGCCAGAGGCAGCGAGGGCGACCGAGCAGUAACGCCUCAUCCAGGGAGGGAGAGAGGAGAGUGGAGGAGGAGGAGGAGAGAGAGGAAACAGGAGGGGAGGAUAGGAUGGAGGAGGACAUUGAGCAGGAAGAGGAAAGAAUGGAGGAAGAGAUACCGGAAGAGGCAGCAGGACAUCAGCAGUGAUACAAGGUGGAGCUCUAAAGAACCAUCUUCAGACAUACAUCCCACACAACUGGACACAUAAAGACAUACAAGGAAAAGUGUUCUGGAUAUGGGGACAACAUAAAUCUGUAUACGCAUGCAUACAACACAAGUGAAAGCUUGAAAGGGUAGUACAAAAGCGUUUUUUCUCACAUUUACUCCAGCAAGAAAAAAGGACAUACGUUUGAGACAAGCUCCUUCAAAAUAUGUGACUCAUUUUAACAUUUAGUACAGAACCAAUCCAGAACGCCCAUAAAUGAUUCAAAAAUCAUUUUUAUUUGCAGAAACAGAGAAGGGAGUAUCCAGGAUUAGUAAUCUUCCCUUGAACGUUUCCAUCUCACACACUGUUAAUGAGGAGGAACAUAAUGUACUGCAACUCUCACUCACUAUAUCCACAUUGAACCCAUACAAAAUAGUGUAGCAGUCAACAUCUCGCUGCUUCUAUAAAUGUCCUUACCUUAGAAACAAGGUAGUGCAGGAGCCGAAACACACUAUCCUGACUAUACUGCAUUUCCACAUUUUGCAGUAAUGAAUUUACAUAAUUGUGAUGAGAUUUAAUAAGUUGCAGAUAACAACAAAGUCACCCAGUGAAGGCCUGAACAAGUUUGUUCUGCGUCCUGGACACGGCAGAAGCUGACUGUUUGCAGAAACACUGCUAGAGCUUCAAACAGCUUGACUAAUCUUCUGUAAAAUGUAUUAAACUUUCUCUUUGCGUUGUAGCUCCUUUCUAUGUAAAUUUGUGGACAUUUUGGGCCUACUUUAGAAGGCUGUCAUUUACAUUGGGGUGGGAAAACUUACUUUUGAUGUCUGAUCUGGCCAAAGGAAGGUGGACAUUUUUUCUGCUAUUGCGGCCGUAAAACAAAAAGAAACACUAAAGACUUUGAUUGAAAUUCUACUUGUUAAUAUGUAAAUGCCUGAUGUGAAUGUUUUUGAAGAUAUGAUAUUUUUGCUAGCAGCAGUGAUGGUGUUACUUAGUGAAAGGGAACAUAACAUUUUUAUAGACCACCUCCCUGAAUCCUAAAUUCCCUGUCUGUUUUGAAGGGUCACACAUCGAUGAAGGUAUAGCAAAUUGCUAAUUAAAAAAACACUGUAAAUUAAAAAGGCCAAGUCAAGACGUUGUGUAUAAACAGCUUUUUAUCUCUGUCAAUUGAAAAUGCUGCUUGUGUGAAAUUGAUGUAGAAAAAAAACUGUGUGUUGUGCUCCCCAUAUAUUUAUCAGAGUUUAUAUAUAAAAUAUGUAAAACCAUAACUUUUCUGCUUUACUAAUGGUCUGAAUAAGGGGGUUUCACAAAGGCUUGUACACAGCCCAGGCUCUGCUGAGAUGUUUCUUUCCAAAACCAGCCACUAUUGGGUAGGAGAUGCACGGUCAACAAAUGGUUGGGAUUUAUAUAUUUUUACUGGGACUGCAACCAGAACUUAAUUUAUUAAUCAGAAAGCACCCAGUGGCUGAAAAAAGUAAUGGGACACAUCAAAACCACAGUGCAGGUACAAAGACAACACCUUUGUGCUGCUGUGCUGAAACAAAUCAAGAAUAACAUAAUAAAAUACAUUAUGCACAGUCCACUGAAAGUUGGUAUUAUCAAAUUGUUGACAUUACAUGUUUAUA